GUAUAAAAUUUGUAUAGGCAACUUCCGAACACGUCUUAGUAAUACAGGUUGCCGAAUUUCGCUAGGCUAGAUUAUCACAGAUGUCAAACUUAAGUAAAUAAAUCAAAUUGAUUUUUGUUUACUUCGAGUCCUUUUGAUUUAAUAAAGUGUAAAGUAAAUAUUCAAUGGAAUUCAAAAAACGAACUGUUCAUCUUAAAAUAAAAUAUUUUGAUUCAUCUGAGGAAACUCCAGAAAUUGUGAAGAAAACUAUUGAAAUACUGCCACACACUGAUGGUACUAUCUUAAAAUCAGAAUUGUAUAAAAUAUGUAACGUCAACAAGGAAAAAGUGAUGAAGAUUCGUAAUGGAGAGGGAGCUCUUGUCCCAAUAUCUUUUCUAGCUGAUCCAAAUGUACCUGACAGAUACUUCCAAAUAGACAUCACUAACAUUUCUUAUGUUGAUAGACCCACAGCUAACCUCUUACAAGAUGCGUAUGUUGAUGCUGUUCAACAAAAGAUAAGAACUUUGGAAUCAAGGAUAGCUCAAUCUGAGUUACUCCUGCCUCAGCUAGAAUGGCGUCGACAGGCUUAUAUGGAAGACACUGUGAACGGAUUGAUGUAUAAAGUUGGAUUUUUAAAUCGAAGAUUCGAUGAGCUGUUACCCCAGUUCACUGCAAAACAUCCAGAAACCAUGGCUUAAUGUGACCUCAAUGGUUCAAAUGCAUGCUUUCUAAUUCUGUUUCUGGUUAAAUUUUUAAAAAGAUUCAUAGAAGUACUUGUUUUAUUAAUUUUAUUUUUGAUUGAAAAAAUAUUUGUCCGGAUAUAAUACUUGAAAAUAAAAGAAUCUGAAAUAGAAUCAGCAAUUCUACAAUUGACACACAUAUCAAGAUUUCCAAUGAACUAUUUUCUAAUAUAGGUUCAAGUAAUAUAUCAAAGACAGAAAGAAGAAAACAUAAAUGCCAGACAAAAACGCAAAAACCAAUAAAUGAAAGCCAUGCUGGAACAACGUUGUAAACGCCAAAUCAGAUUUUGUCGACACCUUGAGGAAAAUACGUUAUAAUUGAUUAUGUUCAAAAAAGGAAUCUUUACGAGCGUAAUAUGAUAGAAUAAAGAUUGCAUAAAGUAAAGUCUCGUAAUAUUCACCACAGUCGGCAAUACAUUAUUUUGCUCAUAUUGUACGUUUUUCUAUGGAGCGCCUACAUUUGAAACUAUUGGCGGUUACAACGUUGUUUCAGCAUAGAGAGGAUGAACAAAAAAUGACAGGACACGUUGAACUAAUAUAGACAAAAUGUUAAAGCCUCCUUCGAAGGUCUAAAUAAAAAUCUAACAAAUACUAAAAUAUCAGUAGUAAAAGAAUCGAUCCAGAAUAUGACAGAUAAAGUUCAAAAAUUCCGCAACGAAACACAAUAUUUGAGGAAGUACAAAAUAACACAGUUAAAAAAAAAUAUUUUAAGAAAAUUAAAGACAUCCGAGACUUGAAGAAGAAAAUAAGCGAAGUUGGGAGUCUAAAUACAAUAUAAUGUCAUAAUGAUAGAAAACUACUACCAAACAAUAUUUAAGUCAAAAGCAAAACCAGUUGCAGAUAAAGAAGAAAAACACUGAAAAGUACAAAAAAUGUUUCUGAAAAUCUGAAGAUAAAUUUUAGAAAUAACGGGAAUUAAAACGGCUAUGCUAAAUAAGAAAGCCAUAGGUAAAGAGGGAAUAAUAUUAGGAAUGAUGAAAUAUGGAGGACAUACAAACUGUUAUCAGUUUAUAUAAGUUGUUUGUGAAGAUAAUAACAUUGCAGCUAACAAAGGAACUGCAUCAUAUACAAGGAAUAAAAAAAACUGCGAUAAAAAUCGUUCAAGAUAAAUAAUAAUUCUUAAAACAAGUUUAUGAAACCAAUAUUACUAUCAGAUGUGUAUAUGAACUAAAACCUGUAAAAUUAUGUAUACAUUAUUAAUAUAUCAAUUUUUAGUAAUUUCUAACUGUAAUCAUAAAUAUUUUCUACACACUGUGAUGUAUUCAAACUAAUCUAUUUGUAAUCUAAAAUAUAUGUUCUUAUGUUUUAAUAUAUUAUGUAUUGUUUAUAAAUAUAUCAUUGCAAAUAAACCACAAAUUACAAAA